UGAAAUGGAAUAGAGCAAAGAUGCUAGUCAAGCCAACUGUGUUUACCGUACUAGGUUUGUUGCAGUGUUACUUAGUGUCGGCCUCCAAUAUCCGCCUUGUGGGCGACAAGACGCCGUACUCCGGUCGCUUAGAGGUAGAGUACAAUGGAAAAUGGGGUACAGUCUGUGAUGACGUUUUCACAGUCAAUAGCGCCAAGGUCAUCUGCAGGAUGCUAGGAUUCACGGACAUACAAACAGCCAAAGAUAUUCCACCAUCCGUGUAUGGGCCUGGAAAUGGGAACAUAUUGCUGGACAGUUUAAGUUGCCUUGGUAAUGAAACUGACAUUGCGGACUGUUCACACCAGGCCUGGGAAACUACCGACUGCACGCCCUCAGAAGAUAUUGGCGUCGAUUGUCAGACGCACAUGCGCAUUGAGCACGGAUCCACGCCGCAUGAUGGGCAAGUUGAAGUGAACAUUACCGGCAUUUGGCAACCCCUGUGCGCUGAUAAUUUUACACAAUCAGAAGCUAAGGUUAUAUGCCGAAUGUUGGGGUACAGUGCAAAUGGAUCCUAUGUGAUGUCUGCGAGGUCGAAAUCUGAUUUGUCGUCUAUUAGUUCAACGGCGUAUUAUUGCACCGGAAACGAAAUCGAUAUAUCCAUGUGUCGCAAACGACAAGCCACUUGCUCUGCUUCAACUGUUGCAGCAGUAGAUUGUAAAACUUUAAUUCGACUUGUUAAUGGUACCAGCCAGCAAUCCGGUCGCGUGGAAGUUUUUCACAAUGACGCAUGGGGGACAGUGUGUGAUGACAGCUUUGACGACAUGGAAGCCAAAGUGAUUUGCCGCAUGCUCGGAUUCGGUACAAGUAAUGCUAAAUCAUUGACGGGGGCUUACUAUGGCAAAGGGCAAGGCCAAAUAGUUGUCGAUGACAUGUAUUGUCAAGGUGAGGAAGUCGACAUAUCCGAUUGUAAAUCGCGCCCCUGGGGUACAAGCAAUACCUGUCAUCACAACGAGGAUGCAGCUGUCGAGUGCAACACGGAACUCCGACUAAUAGAUGGCCCAACCGAAUAUUCUGGUCGCCUUGAGUUACGUCAAGAAUCGAAGUGGAAAACGGUUUGUUCUAAUCAUUUUGAUAACAAGACGGCGCAGAUCGUAUGCAACAUGCUUGGAUUUGAAAGAAGUAACAUCUCUAUAUAUACGGAUGGACGUUUUCACGGAAAUGGUGCGCAGUUGAUGCACCAUGGAUAUGCUUGCUCUGGAAACGAAACGGACAUCGCCAAUUGCAAGCACACCAAUGUCAGCUUACCUUGCACUGCAGUGGGCAUUAAUUGCUAUUGCAACACCCCCAUGAGAGUUUUGGAUGGCACGACAAUGUUUAAUGGAGUUGAAAUAUAUGAGACAUUCACGUCAUCAAAUGGGUAUAUAGUAUUUCUAAUAAUUUGGUACACUAAGUAGGGGUGUUGCGGCAGUUUAUUUAACCGAAGAUAUAUUUAUAGCAACACCGAUGAUGCUAUUAUCACAACUUAAUAUUUUUGUUAUCUAUAUCAUCAGCAAUGACCGAGUUGGUUCAUAAUACAAUUGUGAGUGGUUCGAUCCCAGAUGGGGUUAACGUUUUUUUGUAAACUUUUUUUUUCUUUCUUUAAUUUCAUUCUUGUUUUAUACUGGAGCUCUUUAGUCCUGUUGUUUACAUUUAUCAAUUUAAAGCAUUUAAACACAAACUUUAAAACAUGCCGAAAUCUGUGAACAUGUUAGUUAUUAAUGAUUAUGGUCGAGUUUGAUACUGUAUG